GGGAAGAAGACAGGAGGAGAUAAGGGGCUGGCAAAUUCUUGGUAACCUCAGAGAGCCGAGUCUGAUCAGUGCGACCCUGUGGCGAGGGGAAUCAGGAUGGAGGCUAACAGUCCCAGAAAGAUCCAGUUCACUGUCCCACUGCUGGAGCCACAUCUGGACCCUGAAGCUGCAGAACAGAUACGGAGAAGAAGACCAACACCAGCCACACUUGUUCUGAGCAGUGACCAGUCAUCUCCAGAGAUAGAUGAGGAACGUGUCCCCAACCCUUUACAAAAGUCUUUAUCCAUGUCCCCACAUCAGAGGAAAAAAAUGUCCCGUACAACACCCACCAUGAAAGAACUACAACUAUUAGCAGAACAUCAUCUGUGCAAGCAGGGAUCAGAGGAGGAGAAGAUCCCCCAUCUUCAGAACAACCUGGAUGACAGGCCUGACUUGGGAUGCUGUUGCCAUGGUAACACAGCCUCCACUCAAGAGUCGCAUAUACCAUGUAGCUGUUUUACCCAGGAUGGACAGCAAGAGAAUAAUUCCCUGGGAAGGAGACAUGCUAGUCAGGAGGAUUCAUUAGACAGUCUUGUGUCAGAUGGAAAUACGCAAACAUGUGAGCCAAAAAAACAGAGCAGCCGCAUAGCUUUCAUAGAAGACAAAUAGGUCUGAAAAAGCAAAAGGAUUUCUUAUUGAGUAUAAAGGGAGAGAGGAGCCAAAACCCAGCACAGUAUCGUGGGCUUACAGCACAUAAAGGACCGACAGCUCCCUCCUUUUAAAAAUGAUUUUUCCUUACCUCUCUGCUACUGAGAAUCUGGAGUCUGCACUGAGUUCUGAGCAAUAAACUGCAGGCUUCUCUGGAAGCAAAGAAGUUCAAGAAAACAUUGCUUUGUGUUUGAUAUCUUGCCUCUGUACUGUAUGUCUUCUACCUUUUCAAGGGAAGUGUGUAUCUGUAUGCAGAAAGCCAAACUGGCCGCUGCUAUGCCAAUCAUUGUUAGCCCUUAUUAGCCCUCAGGAUGAGUCGGGAGGAUAUAACAUGUGGGUAGAAUAAAAUCAUUUGUGCUUUUUGGGUUUUACCUAAAUGAAAAAAUAACUUUGUGUGUGCAAAAAAUACCUAGGCCCAAGAAAGACUGUAGAUUAAUGUACACUGUACCUAGCAGCUACAUCUAUAGAAGGAAUGCUUACAGAAAGCUCACCUGCAAUACCUUAAAUAAAGAUCACUAAACGUGCCACAUCCCCACACUGCUCCACAACUGCAGCACCUGCAUUGGGAACAUGUAUUUGCCAGAUGCGAUUCGUUAUAAUGUCAAAUUCUUAAUAAAAUGGAGGAAGCCCUUUUAA